AUGCCGGCAAAACCAGUCUCGAAGCGAAGCGAAGCGUACGGUAAACACCUGCCAACACUCGAUAACGAUCCAUGGAAAGUGCUGUACUGUGCAUUCGCUGACACUUCCCUGGCCGUGACUGUGUUGAUGUUUGGAGCGGUUUGUGCAAUGCAUGGUCUACGUGUAGCGCUACUGGUCGUGAAUGGAAUCAUAUCAUUGACUGGAAUAGCAGCAAAUCUUAUUCUACUUGUUAUAAUAUAUGUCGCCACACCAAAGCCUAUACGAACGUACAGUGUUUUGAUUAUUAACUACGCUGUAACCGACCUUUUUACGUCUAUGGCACAAGCAAUAACAAUUCCUAGGAUGGUAUUGACUACAUACAGGCCCAUCGGCUCAACAUCUCUUGAUCACCUUGAUCACCUUGACUCCCGUUGA